GUUUCCGGUCAGUGACGUCACGGACCAGUCCAUUUUCUCUCGUUAGGGGGAGGUCUGCGCCGUUUUUCACGUAGUCCAUCCUCGUUCGCGGACAGUGAAGGUUACCUGCUUCAACAGUGCUUGAACGGCAACCUUUCAGCUGUCUCAUCGUGCACUUAGACGGUACUAUUCGCUUAAAUUAACCAUAACAUCACCGUUAACGUCCAACACGCUUUAACCAUCGCAUCAGCUCGUAGAGACCGUUUGUUUUGCUAACACGCGUAAAGCUUUGUGACCUCCUCACAACAAGACCCGCCACGGAAACCAGGUAAGAAUACAUCUUUACGUUUGAGUUUUCCUCUGUCAACAUUAGCUGAUCAACCGUUUAUAAAUAUAAAUGCUUUGCGUAAAUAACCUUUGAUAGCUCAGCCCUGGUGCUGCGGUUGUUUAUCCCUCCGCCGUGGGUCUGGCCUUGACGCAGAUUGCUUCAAAAUCUCUGCGCAGCGUGCCAAAAAAACACUGGAUAUGUCAACAAAGUAUUACCUUUAGUUUUAGUGUCAGAAAUUUUAAAAAGAAACAAGCUUUAUUAUUGUGAUUAUUGUUUGCUUUGGCCCCCGUGACCACAUUUAACCUUAUAUAACGAAUUGUACCAAAAUUUAACGAUGCCAAACUACGGGAGCCUCAAGGGGACAUACAUAGUAAAGACUCCGCUUUCAGUGAUAACGCGAUUAUUUAAAUUGUAUUUUUUGAAUCAGCUGAUCAUAACUUGUACCUCUGGAGUCACUACAGGACAAAACAAUCACAGAAAAUAGGCUUAACCUGCCUCAUUACUGUGGGCAGUGACAGCAGGACGUGACACAGCCUGGCACGUCACUGUGGGUAACCAAAUGUUUUGUUUUUCACAGCCCAAGAAAUGAUCAUACAGGGAACAAUAAAUGUUAUUAUCUCAAUAUAAUGACCUGCUAUAAUGUAGUUACUGGAUAUGCUGUCAUUGUAUCAAGAGAACCACAGAAAUGAACUUGAACUCCUACAAUUUUAAAUGUGACUUAGUGGAGGGAAAUGAAAUACGGGAAUGCUUGUUUGCGUAUGGUUUCACCAGACAUAGUUAUAAGAACAAUUGCCACGCCUAUCUAUGGCAGGCUGCCGGUUUGGAAAGAACUAAUUGUUUUGCACGCAAUCUCUUUGGGCUUUUGUAAACUUGAAGAUCCUGAUGUCCUUAAUACUUUUGGAAAAAAAUGCAAAAACUUGAUUUAUGUUAAUAAUUAUAAUGAUAAUAAUAAUGAUAAUAAUGAUAACUUUAUUUAUAUAGCACUUUUAAGAACAGAAGUUUACAAAGUGCUUUGACAAACAGUUGCACAGCAUCAGCACAUGGAAAUAAAAACAAAUAGAAAAGCUCAGUUAAAAACAAGGCCUCCGAAUUGAAGGCCAAUUUCAUUUUUCAUUAGAAACACAGACAAUACAAGAACCCUACAACAUAAAAUGUGACCAUGAGGACCAAAAUAAAAACAUAAAACAGGCAAAAAGCAGGAAACAGGAUAGAAAGUAUAAAAGAGGAUAUUAAUAACGAUAAUAAAAUAAUAAUGAUGGUAAUAUUAAUGAUUAAAUGGAAUAAUAAAAAUGAGCAAGUAAAAACAAUAAAAUCAAUAAAGGGCCUAAAAGAUAAAAUAAGAAAAGAUUAUAAGUAAAAAAAAGGCUAAAAGGAUAGUAAGUCGAAAUAAGAAAAGACGGCAUCAAAUAAAAGCAAGUCUGUAAAAGUGAGUUUUUGAAUUUGACUUAAAAGAAGCGACUCAAAAGAUGUUGUCUAUCUCCAUUAAAAGUAGAAAUAGUUUAAAAAACCUUAUAAACUUUAAUUUUUAAAAAAUAAAGUCAUCAUCUUUUGCAUAUUAAACAAACAUCUCUCUGUGAUGAAUAGAUGGAACUGAUAAAAACCAGUCAGAAAACAAGUUUAUAUAAGACAAACUGGAAUAGUGUGUCACAAGUUUUUGAGUCUAGCUAUUGUUUUGAGAUUUGCUGAUUAUCAUGGUUUAUCUUUGGUUGAUCAGUUGUGUUUCUCUGACCGUUGAGAUGGAAACAGGUGUCCUCUUAUCUUACACACACACAAAUUGUCUUGGAACUUGUUUGGGUGUUUAGUGAGACCUCUGUCUGCCGCUUUCAGAAAGAUGAGUUCCCAAGUGAGACAGAACUUCCACCAGGAUUGCGAGGCUGCAAUCAACAGGCAGAUCAACCUGGAGCUGUACGCCUCUUACGUCUACCUGUCUAUGGUGAGAUUCAAACAACUGGAUCGUUGUUAGUGGGAGACAAUGCAGGCAGAACUUGUUAAUUCAAGAGGAACAGACAUGCUGACUUUAGUAAGUCACAGAGAAGUGAUUUGGAUCUUCCUUUUAUCUAUAGUGUGAUGUGGUUUUAUCACCCCUCUGCUAAGUUGGAGGGCUUUAUCCUCAUGUACCCUCUAGGUCUAGCCUUAGUGCCAACAUACAUCAGACAGAUGAUGUGGGUACUCGUCUGGAACAGUGCAGUCAUUCACCGUCUUCAUGAUAAAAAAACACCAAGUGCAGCCAUGUUUGUUACACAUUAACUUUUCAAACAUGGGAAUGAGUUUAAGAUGUCUGAUGUCAUGUGAUCUGAGUUGUAUUAGUGUUCUAUGACACAGUCAUAAAACAGAGGUUGAAGUUCACUUUUAGAUUAUGGUAUGUACAAAGACAGGGCAGAGAGUUCAUGUCCUGACCUUAAAAAACAUACAAAAACUCAGAGAACAGCUUUAUUUAUUGAUCCUACACAGCUGUGUGUAUUUAAGGGUUUCCAUUGAGUUUACUAGGCAUACAUUCUCUCUAGUUUCUACCUUUACCCGAAAGAUUUUUUUAUCAAGUUGUAUCCAAAAAUUAUACCUGUUUUGUUAAGUUGAACAGAAAAACGAGGCAGUUCUGUAUGUGUGGGUAGUUUUAGUUAGUUAUGUUUGAUGUUCCUGUAUGUAUUGAACCAUGUACCUUAAGUUCACCAUUGGUAACUUAGUACUUGUCUUCCUUCUUCAGGCUUACUACUUUGACCGAGAUGACCAGGCAUUGCCCAACUUUGCCAAGUUCUUUCGGAGCCAAUCGCAUGAGGAGCGUGAGCAUGCUGAAAAGCUAAUGAAACUGCAGAACCAGAGGGGGGGAAGGAUCUUCCUCCAGGAUGUCAGGGUAUGAGCUCCUGUUUGGUCAAAUAAGCACAUUUUUAAACGUUUGAGGGUUGCACAGUGUGUGGAGGCUCACUGUGGGCUAUCGCACGGCCCAUGUUGGGAGGGCAGCUUGAUGACAAAAAGAUACAGAGGGCGUGGAUGUGCUGUGCCGCUUAUCUUGAAGCGCAAACACGUCCAGUUUAACGUUUGAGUAGAAUGUUAAAUAUUUCCUGACCUGCUUUGUCAUGCAGAAGCCCGAGAGGGACGAGUGGGGCAGCGGAGUUGAGGCUCUUGAGUGCGCUCUGCAGCUGGAGAAGAGCGUAAACCAGUCCCUGCUGGACCUUCACAAGCUCUGCUCUGAUCACAAUGACCCACAUGUGAGUAAAGUAGGACCUGACCGUGAGACAGGGAAGCACCUAACGACAUAUUUUACUUCAGUGUCACAUGCUAUUAGAAAACAACAACCCCAAACUUCCUGGUUGUAUUUACGACAAAGCAUUAUUAACCAUUAGUUUACCAAGUCACUCACUGAUUAAGUAAACAUUUAUUGAAGCCGUUUAAAGAUUUAAACCCCAAAUCUGAGCCUAAGCACCAAAUCUGUUACAUACUUGUAGUCACACUUCUCCUCCUUUUAGAUUUAAGCACAUAUUUGUUUGAACAGCUGUAUAAUCUGCUGGGUUCCUUAUUUUUCAUCUUGGCUUUUGCAAAUGAAACACUGUCAGAUUUUGUUGUGGCAUCCAUAUUUUUUUGUGGUAUCUUUGAGAGGAAUUUUCAGUAAACACAACAGCGGCUAAUUUGACUUAUUUUUCUUAAGUCAACACUAGAUGUUAACAUGUUGUUCAAACACCGCAUUAAAACUAACCCAACUGUUGUAUAACAGUAGUUACAUCACAAGAAAAAAAUCAUCACUGAAGUGUUUGUCUUUAAACUCUUGUGAUCUCAUUUUAAAAUUUACUGAUGUUUGUAAAAAAGAAAAAAACUCUAGUCAAUAGAACUUGAAAACAACACGACAACGAAAGUUUAUCCAAAGACUUUCAUCAAGUUCAACCUUUAAUUCUUGAUUUUCCCCUUUUUUCUGUGAAGCUGUGCGAUUUCAUCGAGACCCACUACCUGGAUGAGCAGGUGAAGUCCAUCAAAGAGCUGGGAGACUGGGUGACCAACCUACGCCGUAUGGGAGCUCCUCAGAACGGCCUGGCGGAAUACCUGUUUGACAAACACACCCUGGGCAAAGAAAGCAGCUAAAUCCCUCGACAUCACAAUUCCAACCGCUUUCUUAAUUAUAUAUAUAUAUAUUUGUAUCUCGCUUUCAAAUGUUUCCAACAUAUAAAAGCCAUCUGCAUGAUACCUGCUAGUCAUUUAGGCUUCCUAUAAUACUCAUGUCAUACCCCACCUAGCAGUUACUUAAGUAACCCUUCUUACCACAGCUGUGAGCUUUGCCUUUGUCACGACCAUCUUCAUUAUGUUUUAUGCCAGGAACUGUCAGACAAAUCAAUAAAACAAACCCUCUGGAUUCUGGUCA